UUUCGGUUCAGAGUGUUCGAGUCGAGAGCAAAAGAAAGAAUGAAGAGAGGAGGAUUAAAGAGAAGAAGACGUUGAGGAAGAAGAAGAGCUUAAAACAAAAAAAGUCGCUUCUCUCCCGCGGCGGCGGUGGUUAUCCGGUCACCAAUCGCAAUCGAUAAUAAUAAAUGUUGAAAGUGUGGAGAUGGUACCAGCGAUGCCUGAGCGUUCAUCCGUUGAAAACUCAGGUGAUAAGCUCCGGUUUUCUUUGGGGAUUCGGAGACGUCACCGCUCAAUACAUCACUCAUUCCACUGCCAAACCUCCUCCUCCUCCUCCUCUUCUUCGUCUCACUGACACAAAUAAAGACGCAGAGGCAGAUGCAGAUUUCAAGCUCAACUGGAAGCGAGUAGCUAUCACAAGCAUGUUUGGACUUGGUUUUGUCGGUCCUGUUGGCCACUUCUGGUACGAAGGCCUUGAUAAAUUCAUAAAACUGAAGCUUCGAUACGUACCAAAGUCAACACGUUUCGUGGCAGCCAAAGUUGCAAUGGACGGUCUUAUCUUUGGCCCCUUUGAUCUGCUUGUUUUCUUCACCUACAUGGGAUACGCCACGGGGAAGAACACGUCUCAAGUGAAAGAAGGACUCAAGCGAGACUUUCUACCGGCUCUUGCUCUCGAAGGCGGAGCAUGGCCGCUUCUUCAGAUCGCUAACUUCAGAUACGUUCCCGUGCAGUACCAGCUGCUUUACGUCAACAUCUUUUGCCUUGUAGACAGCGCUUUUCUCUCGUGGGUCGACCAACAGAAGGAUGCAGCUUGGAAGCAAUGGUUUUCUACUUCGUUUCUAACGCUUAAAGAACGAGGUGGCACUGGUGGAGUAUGAAGAUCAUUUUCGCUUUUUUUUUUACAUGUCAUAACAACUUUGAAGGAAAACAGAACAGAGUGUAAUAGGCGAUUUUUAAUCAAAUAUUGUUUCGUUUUUAAAGAA